AUGCCGCUGGUGCAGCGCUCACUGGUGCUGGUGGCGCUGCUACUGGCCUGCGUGAGCGGAGACCCGCAGGGCAGCGAGUCCGACCACGACGAGGACGUCGACCAGCGCCAGCUGCUGCUAGACUUCAAGGCGGGAAUAUCAAACUGGGAUGCGGUGGCCGCAUCCCGCCGCCUGGCUGGCUGGUCGCCCUGCACGCUAGGUGGCGAGUGCGUGCCGGUGUGCCGCUGGGGCGGCAUACUGUGCGACCCUUAUGAGUACCCGGCAGCCAACCAGGUCACCACGCUAGACCUGGGAUGUAGCGAGGCGGGGUGCGAGGUGGCGAUGCAGGGCGUCCUCAGCGCCAGCCUGGCCUCGCUGCCGCACCUGCAGACACUGGACCUGGUCAACAACAACCUGUCCGGGACGCUGCCGCCAGAGUGGGGCCUGCCGGGGGCCUUCCACGACCUGCAGAUCCUGCGGCUGAACGGCAACCGCUUCAGCGGGCGCAUACCGGAGCAGUGGGCCGUGGGGCCGGCCUUCCUGCGCCUGGUAGACUUCCAGCUGGCGGGCAACCUGCUGACGGGUCCCUUCCCCGCCGUCGCCUACACCAACACCUCCUUCAUGCUCAUGCAGGCCUUCAACAUCGGCAACAACCAGAUGACGGGGCCGCUGCCCGAGUUUUGGAACGGGCUCAUCAUCCUGUCCCUGGUGUCCAUUGCAAACAACCGCUUCACAGGCACGCUGCCGCCCGACUGGGGCCGCCAGGGCUACUUCUUCAACGGAACCUACAACGACACGCAGGCGCUCCAGUUCCUGUACCUGCACGGCAACCAGCUGACGGGCGGGCUGCCGGCGGCCUGGGCUGGCGCCGAGUCGUUCUCGGUGCUGCGGGAGCUCACGCUAUCUGAAAACCUGCUGGGCGGCACGCUCCCCAUGGAGUGGGGCCUCGGCCCGGAUGCCAUGCCCGCCCUGCGCGCCGUCAACCUGUCCCUCACCGGCCUCACCGGCACGCUGCCGGAGCAGUGGGGCGCUUACGGCGGGCUGGCGAGCCUGGAGAGGCUGAACGUGGCCGGCAACAACCUGAGCGGGGCCGUGCCGGCGAGCUGGUCGCAGCAGCUGCCCAGCCUGCAGCGUGUCACCCUGCAGCCCGGCAACCCAGGUCUGUGCACAGAGGAGCCAGCCGGAGCCAGCUUUCGGCUGUGCAGCGAGGGGGAUGUGAUGUGCUACCGCGCGCUGGUCACCUCCACCAACGCCAGCGCGUGCAGCAAUAGCAGCGGCGAGUUCUAUAGCGGCAGCGGGAACAGCACCAGCGACAGCGGCAGCGGCUCCAGCUUCCCCGUGGUGGCGGUGGCUGUGCCGCUGGCGGUGGUGGGCACGGUGCUGCUCGCGCUGGCUGCCUUCCUGCUGUGGCGCCGCCGCCAGAAACAGCAGGCGCGGCAGGCCGCGCUGGCGCUGCCGCAGCAGCGCCAGCUGACCCAGCGGACCAGCAUGCCCAGCAAGCCGCCCUCCGAGCUGCAAGAGGAGCUCAGCCUGGCGAUCGGAAGCGUCCUGCCCGACGGCAAGGCUCCGCCGCCGCCCCCGCCGUUUGGCGCCGCCCCCGCGGGCACAGCCGCGGCAGCGGCUCCUGCAGCGGUGGUGCCGCUGGAGGCCAGCAGUCGCCCACGCAGCUUCGCCACCGGCGUGUUUUGCUUACCCUGCGCCGGCCGCCGAUCCACAGACGGAGGGACGCAGCUGGAGGGGUUGCCGUCAAAUAAAACGGCGGCGUCUGCCAACGCGCGCAACUCAUUACACAUCUGGCUGCCGCAGGCAGCCUCCGGGGCGGGGAGCAGCGCGCGGCCGUCGCCCACGCCGGGGUCUGGGGGCCGGCAGGCGCAGACGCCGGAUCAGCAGCAGGCUGCCGUGGAGCUGUCGCCCCUGCAGCAGUACCAGCAGCAGCAGGCGCAGCAGCCCGUGGCGCUGUCGCCCAUGGCGCAGUACCAGCAGCAGGCGGCCCAGUUCUACUCGGCGCCGCUGUCGCCCAUGGCGCAGUACGAGCAGCAGCAGGCGCAGUUCUACUCGGCGCCGCUGAUGCCCUCGAGCCACCUGCCGCGGCAGUCGCCGCAGCUGCAGCACAGCUCCAGCGGGCGCAGCGGGCGCAGCGGCGGGCACUCCAGUGGCGGGCCGCCGGGCAGCCUGCCUCGAGGGCACUCCCUGGGCCACGACUCGAGCGGCGCGCCUGUGAGCGGCGGCUCCGGCGGCGGCAUCGGCGCCGCCACCGGCGCCGCCUACCACUCCAGCUUUGGGCCGCGAGAGCUGGAGGUGCUCAUGAGAGACUGGGACAUCCCGGCAGAGUCCAUCCACAUCUGCAAGCGGCCCGACGGCUCCGAUUGGCGCAUCGGGUCGGGAGGCUUCGGCACGGUGUUCAAAGCCAUGCGCAACGGUGUGCAGCCUGUGGCAGUCAAAGUCAUCAUGGGGGGCAUGAGCGACGCCCAGAACAUGAUGAGCGACGAAGACUUUGCCCGCGAGGUGUCCAUCCUGCGCACCUGCCGCGACACCAACAUACUCCAGUUCCAGGGAGUGUGCUUCCAGCCGAACCGCACGCUGCUGGUGACGGAAUACAUGGAGGGAGGCAACCUGGCGGGCAACUUGCGGGCCAAGACGGUGUCGUGGUACCGGCGCGGGAAGAAGGUUGCCAUCGACGUGGCUCGUGCCCUGGUCUACCUUCACUCCAGACGCAUCCUGCACCUUGACAUUAAGAGUGCGAACGUUCUGCUGACCAGGGAUGGUACCGCCAAGGUUGGGGACGUUGGUAUGGCCAAGAUCAUGGCGGGGGAGUAUGUGAGCGGUACCGUCGGCACGCUGGCCUGGUCUGCGCCUGAGCUGCUGCUGGGGCAGCGGUGCGACGCCAAGGCUGACGUGUAUUCGUUUGGGGUGCUGCUGUGGGAGAUUGUGAGCGGGGAAGUUCCCAUCCGGGGCCAGCUGCGUGACCCGAUCCCACCCUGCGGCGCUUGCCCUGCCCUCCUCUCCUUCAGAGUCCCGGAUGAGUGCCCUCCCGAGGUGUCUGCCCUCAUCGACCGCUGCUUGUCCCACGAUCCCUCCGAGCGCCCCACCUCCACAGAGCUUGUGGAGCAGCUGCAGCGGUGCCCCGCGGUGGCGCCCGGCGGCGCCGCCUCGCUGCCGCGCCGCUCGCCCAACCCCGGCCUCGCCUCGGCCGCCAGCGGCGGCUUUGGCCUGCUGGGCACGCUGCCGCUGCGUGGGGUGGACUCUGCGGCCAGCCUGGCGCCCUCGCCCGCCUCCCGCGCAGCAUCCCUGGACGGCGGCGCCCCGCCGCUGCGCACCGCCAGCGCCAGCAGCGGCGGCGGCCUGCCGCCGCUGCCGGAGCAGGCGCCGGCGGGGGAGCAGGAGGCGCAGGCGCCGGCAUCGGGCGGCAGCAGCGUGGACAUGCGGGGGCCGUUUGCCGCGGUGCAGCACCUGAUGCGGCAGUUCAGCGGGCCGCAGGCAGAUGGGCCUCAGUCGGGCGCCGCCGCCGCGCCUUCGGACCCAGCAAGCGGCGCCGCGGGAGCCGGCCCCGUCGGCGAGGGGGCACCGGGCACGGGGCGGCCGCUGGGGCGCCCGCCGCGGCAGCCCAGCACCGACUGA